CACUGCGCGGUUUCUCAUGCUUCAACAUUAGCAGCGGAGAGGAUACCGGAGAUCAUGUAUCGGGUGUAAAAGACUGCGAGAAAUCAUGGCUGGACAGACAGUCUGGAUGAAUCUGAGCUUCAAGCUUGUGCUCUACCACUAUAUGAGUUCUGUGAUAAUACUACCAAACCUCACACUAGCAAAUCAUGCCCAUCAAGCCCAGGCCGACAGGCUCAGGAAGUUUAAUGAAAGUUCACAAGUCAAAUCUACACAGGAACACUUAGAAGAAGCUUUUGAAGAGCAGGGUUAUUACUUGCAACGCCUGUUCCUUCAGUAUGGGGACAAUGGGACUUUGACCUAUGAGGGUUUGCAAAAGUUACUGGGAAGUUUAGGUCUGGGGGAGGUCAGUGUCCUGGAGAUCCGACAAGGAGGGGUGAAGUAUUCUUCUGAACCCUUACCCCAUUCCCACUCACAUGAAGACCAUCGUGAUCCUCAUGGGUCCACAACCCCACCCCCACUCACAGAAAGUCCUAGACCUCACAUUAAACCAGUGCUUAGUGGAUCAUCCACAGAAUCACAUCCCGGCCUAAGACACAAACUCGAGGAAAGUGUGUCACUGCUUUUAGAUCACCCGACAGACAAACACCUUCAUGGGAAUUGUCUGAAUGUUACCCAGCUCCUGUGGAACUUUGGGCUGGGACAAGCAUCCCAUAUCACUCCUGCCCACUUCACCUUCCUAUGCCCUGCCCUUCUCUACCAGAUUGACAGCGGAGUUUGUCUACGACACACAGAGGUGGAUGGACAGGGGAGCAAAGCCAGUGAGGGUUUCCUCAGAACACUAGGUUGGGCCUCCUUGGCUCUCUUUGUAAUCAGUCUGCCCUCCCUGCUCGUCUUGGGAUUGGCACCCCUGCUUCGACCGUCUAGCCUCCAAACAUUCCUCUGCCCGAUGGCUGGAAUGGCAGUGGGCACACUCUGUGGAGAUGCCUUGCUGCACCUCUUGCCCCAUGCCAUCUUUAGUCAACAUGGUGAACAUCAUGAUGCUGUGUUAAAGGGUCUGUGUGUGCUGGGAGGAGUUUACUUUCUGUUUGUGUUUGAGAGUCUUCUGGGAAUUAAGCAACAUUUCAAGAAUUUAAAGAAAAGAAGGCAUGAUACAGAGUCUGGAAGGGAGUUGGAUGCACUGCAGGGUUCCUCAUCACCCAAUCAGAAUGAGAAUUCAGAGUCUGGGCACGGGCAUUCUCAUGGGCAGCCUGGGUCAGAGAAGACUGGCAUCAGAAGCAUGGCAUGGAUGGUGGUCAUGGGAGAUGGAAUACAUAAUCUUACAGAUGGACUAGCCAUUGGUGUUGCAUUUUCUCAGAGUCUGACGGGUGGACUUAGCACAGCAAUCGCUGUUUUCUGCCAUGAGCUUCCUCAUGAAUUAGGCGAUUUGGCGGUGCUGUUGGCUGCAGGCUGGCCUAUACGCAGGCUGGCUGUGUUUAACGCCGUGUCAGCUCUGCUGGGCUUUGUGGGUGUAUUGACUGGCACAGCACUGGGGAACCAGUGGGCGGCACACUCUCCCUGGAUUCUCACCAUCACUGCUGGGGUUUUCCUCUAUGUUGCUCUUGCUGACAUGAUGCCUGAAAUGCUGCAUGGAGAUGCUGGGUCUCUGAGCCCUCUGAAGCGCUUCUUCCUGCAGAGUCUGGGCCUGCUGAUAGGGGGUGCCAUCAUGCUUUGCGUCGCCCUCUUUGAAGACCACAUUGCUGUUAACCUGGGAGACGGCUGAAGAUAUAAUGACUGUACAAAUGGAAUGGCAUUCUCAUGACGGUGUGAGAAUUCCUGUCUAACCCUGCAGUAUUGUGUAUAUACCAUGUCAGUCAUUGAGCUACUGACUGAUGGUCUCUUCCUAUUUGGAUAUUCUGAAGAGAGUGCACUGAAUGGAUUGCUAUAAAAGAAGUAUGGCCAUCUGUUAAAUUAGUUGUUUUCUUUAGAUCAACUUUUUAACCCCCUGUAAAAUACAAUUAGAUUUUCUGAAUUACAUAUUGAACUUACAUAUUACUAACUGCAAUAGAAGACAUGUUUAAAUAAUUGGUAUACUGUUGUAUGUUUUAAGCCUUUUUUUGUACAUUAAUGUGCACCCAUUGGUCAUUCAAAAUCAAGGUGUUAAAAAGGCCUAUGAUACAACAAGUGAUACACUUGUGAAAAUGCUUCUACUUUGCAUUUUUCUAAUUUAAUACAGUUUUAUUAUUACAAAUUACAUUAUCAGCCUAACAAUGUGUGUGAAAAUUUGAAUUGAAAAAUGUACUUGAUUAUUAGUUUCUUAGUAUUUGGUGUGUUCCCCUUUUGUUUUAAUGACAGCAUGCACUCGAGCUGACAGAGCUUUGAGUCUUUUACGAAACUUGAUUUAUCAAUGUUAUCUCAGCAUGAUUUAAAAUCUUUCAAUUUAAAGAGCAUCUUGUGUGCUUCAAUGGAAGCAAGAAAAUCGUACCUUUCGUCCAAAAGGAGUUAAAUGAAUAUUCUGGGUCCUAUAAAAAUUAAGUUCAAUCAGCAGCAUUUGUGGCAUAUUCCACAAGGUUAGUAAGUGAUUUUAUCACACUAAAAUCACGUUAACAUGUAAAAUGGCUAUACUUUUUAAAUGCGUGUUGUAGCAUUUAUAGACUGGCUCCAUUCACUUCCAUUGUAAUUGUCAUUGUUUUUUAAAUCGAGGACAAGUCAAUUAUUUUUGUGAAAAUCAACAUUAUGCCACAAAUGCUGAAAUGCUGUAAAUUGAGUUUAGCUUAAAUCGAACCCAGAAAAAAUCCUUUAUUAAUGUCAAGGUCACAAAUUUGCUUAUUUGAGAAAUAGAAAUAGUGCAGAAUCAAAUAUUUCUUAUUCAUUUUACAUCAUUUCUUUCUUCAAAUCCUAAAACUUAAUUUCCAGAUUUUCAAUGUGUGCUUCAAUGUUGAACCCUACUGUAUAACAGAUCACAAACAGGUCUACAAGUUAUAUUUAAUAAAAUAUGCUGUUAAAACAUGCCAACAUCAUAUUCUUGUAGUGUCAAGAGGAACAUGAAGCAUAGACACACAACAACCACUUGAAUGUAGCAAUAGCAUUUUAUUUCAACAUUACCAAUUCUAAGCCACGAUACUGAAUGACAAGACCUACUGGCUGCAGCAGUUCAUGAAUCUGACUAAUAAAACCAUAUGGGAGUUUUUUUAUUUUUUUUAUUUUGUCUUUAAAGUCAGAGAAACCAAUUCAUUUUUAAUAAGCUCAAAUUAAAAAAUGACUAUGUUCUUUCUUACUUAAAUACAUGUACAGAGUUUCACAUCUGUUAGUAACAAGUAACCAUUUAAAAGCUCAUACUAUGAAUUAACAAGGCAAAGUGCUUUCAGGAUUGCAUUAUCACAUAAGGAAAUGAAUGGCUUGAGGUCUUUUUUUUUUUUUGUGGGGUUGAAAGGGUGAGGGUUCUCCUUCCAAUGGUCUAGGAUGGGUCACAUGACUGACCCUGACAGAUUUGGACAGAAUCUACCGAAUUUGCCGCUUGCACCUAGGUCUAAAAUGGAUACGUACACAGGUACAAAGUUGGUAGGGAGGCUGAUAUAACUAAAGCCGGUGACCGGCAUAGUGUUUUGGAAGGGCGUAAGGCUAGGGAACUCCAUAUACCCCCUUUUUUUUCCUUGAACAAAAUGAAUGUGCAUAACUCAAACUAACCAACCCC